AUGUCAACGCCAGCGCACCGGCGAUUGUUGCGUGAUUUUAAGCGUCUUCAGAAUGAUCCUCCUCCGGGUAUUUGUGGUUCUCCAACUGACAACGUGAUGGUUUGGAAUGCUGUUAUCUUCGGUCCAGAAGAUACCGCUUUUGAAGAUGGGACAUUUAAGCUGAAAUUAGAAUUCUCCGAAGAGUAUCCAAAUAAGGCCCCCCGUGUUGUUUUCGUCUCCAAAAUGUUUCAUCCAAAUGUCUACGCCGAUGGAAGUAUCUGCUUAGAUAUUCUCUCAAAUGCUUGGAGUCCAACCUAUGACGUUCUUGCUAUUUUAACCUCAAUUCAAUCUCUGCUGGAUGAACCAAAUCCUAACUCUCCUGCUAAUAGUGUUGCAGCUCAGUUGUAUGUGGAAAAUCGCCGUGAAUACGAAAAACGUGUUCGUGCCUGCGUUGAAGAUAGUUGGGACGAUCCAGAGACCUAA